ACCGGGAUGUACGAUAUCAGUCGCUCAGCUUAAGCUCUCCAAGUAGUACUACUACCCGCGUUUCGUCGUCCGUCCGUGUACGUGCAGUGUUACAUAGCAUCAAGAUGAAGGUUAUGGUUUGUGCUCUUGUCCUGGCCGCCGUGCUGGCCGUUGCCAACUGUGCCCCGUACCAAAUGAUCCUGCUGGAUGAUGCGGAUCUGCCCAUUGCCCCGAUCCGUGUAGUGCGUAACGCACCGGGUGGACUGUCCGGCGGCGCUGCCAAUGCCGGUGCCCAAUCGUUCAACCAGGGCGGAGGCUUCGGCGGUGGCUUCCCCGGACAUGGUGGUGGUUUCGGUGGACUUUCCGGCUCGGCCGCCAACGCUGGCGCCCAAUCGUUCAACCAGGGCGGUUCGGGCGGGCACGGUGGAUUCCCCGGAUUUGGAGGAUUCUCGGGAUCGGCCGCUAACGCUGGCGCUCAGUCGUUCAAUCAGGGCGGUGGUCAUGGAGGCUUCGGCGGUGGUCUGGCCGGAUCGGCUGCCAACGCUGGCACUCAGUCGUUCACGCAGGGCGGUGGCCACGGAGGCGGUUUCGGUGGAUCGGCCGCCAACGCCGGCGCUCAGUCGUUCACGCAGGGCGGUGGCGGUGGACACGGUGGAUUCCCGGGCUUCGGUGGCUUCUCGGGUUCGGCUGCCAAUGCUGCGUCGCAAACGUUCACACAGGGCGGGCACGGUGGAUUCGGUGGUUUCUCGGGAUCGGCUGCAUCGGCCGGCAGCCAAUCGUUCACGCAGGGUGGUGGCCACGGAUUCGGUGGAUUCUCGGGCUCGGCCGCCAAUGCCGGCGCUCAGUCCUUCUCGCAGGGCGCCGGUGGAUUCCCGGGCUUCGGAGGCGCUAGUGGAUCGGCCGCCAACGCCGGUGCCCAGUCGUUCGGAGGAUAAACGCUUCCAUAAACGCACGGCAUUGUCAAGGCCUUUGGUUUGGCCAAGUAUUACCUCUGCCUCGAAACUGACCAAUUUCCGCACGAACCAGUGUAGGUGAAUGCGUGAAGUUGUAUAGUUUACUGACGUGUGUGUCUUCCCACGCGGGAACGUUAAUUCAGAACCCGAAAAAAGUCUUUGUUCUCGUGGAGUAAAAAUAAAUUAACAAUGUAAAAAGUUA